UUGUGGCAUUUGAUAGACGACCACUUCCCGCUUAGAAUUCGGGCGUCUAUCCAUCAGGGUUUUCUUCGAGCGGCAAUCGUCUUCCAGGUUUCUCUCUCUCUUAUCUCGCUCGCUCGAUCGACUCGUCUCGCGGUUUUGUAAAUCCCUUGCGUCGGGGCCAGGAUCGAGAGAAUGGGGGGCCAGACGACCGAAAUCUACUACUCCGAGCGCUACAACGACGAUGUCUACGAGUACAGGCACGUAGUGCUCCCUCCAGACAUCGCAAAGAAUCUCCCGAAAAACAAACUCCUGACAGAGGAGCAGUGGCGUGCUCUUGGCGUCCAGCAAUCCCGGGGAUGGGUACAUUACGCCAUCCACAGGCCCGAGCCUCACAUCAUGCUCUUCAAGAGGCCUCUCGAUCUCCAGCAAAACCAGAACCUCCAGCAGCAGCAGCAGCUGCCACGAAUCAACAAGCUCCGAGCAGGAUAAAAGUCAUCAAGAUGGAACUGUUCCUCUCGUUCCUAUGACAACUAUGACGCUACUCAAGAAUAAGAUGAUGCGAAGUGGUUCUCUACUACCUUCAAGCACGUUAGCUGGUUCUUCAAUCAUGUUAGCUGGUUCUUCAAGCAUGCAGAAGCUAGUUCUUAACAAGCUCUACUAAUAUUAUUACUUCCACGCAGAUAAGUCAUA